AAGUGGGCCUGGAUUGGAUGAUUUUUCAUUUCAUCAGGCUAGCCGCUUUCUUAGCUUGCAUCUCAGCAGACAAAAGCGUGAUAAGCAAGGAAAAGGGAUGCUAAGUAGCCUAGUUUUCCAAAGUUGACGAUGGAAAUGGCAUGAAGCGUUGUGCAUGACCUUUAAUCAGGACACAGAAACUCGAUCAGCUGAUGACUCCUGCCGAGUAGCUGCCAUUUUCAGGUCAUUCCAGGUAUCUUUCAAACAGUCAGUCUUGAGUCAACAGUCUUGUCAGUAGCUACAAGCUGGUUGGCAAGCUUAAUGAACGAGCAAACCUUAUUCAUUACAAGCACGAUAAAUAGAUAGGAAUGGGGGAAUUGCUUCGUACUACAGUGUCAAUGGAAUUAUGAUGGCUGAUACAUGUUCAAGAGGGAUGGAAAAGGGUAGAGGAAGGAUUACAUCAGAUUCAAUGCCGAGAGGUGCAUAUCCUCAACAUUAUGUUCAGCCUGGCACACAGCAGCAGGGUAUAGAUAUUCAAGAGCUUGCCUCUAAACGUGUCGACAUACAAAAGAAAAGAUUCUAUUUGGACGUAAAACAAAGUACACGGGGACGUUUCUUGAAAAUUGCAGAGGUUUGGAUUGGCAGAGGCCGGCAUGACAACAUAAGAAAAAGCAAAUUGACGCUGUCUAUGUCAAUGGCACCAGAUUUACGGUAUUGCCUCGGAGACUUCAUCGAUUAUUACGCUCGUAUUGGGUUGCGAGGUACUUUGGUACCCCGGCCAGAGGAGCAAAGCAAUGGCCAAAGCCGCCCGCACGAUUCUCGCCGAAGACAGCAGGAUCACCACACAGCAUCUGUGUCACCUACCGGCUCUGCAACCUCGGAGGAGCAUACUCAUCGGGUCCUGAAAAGUGAAUUCAUAGAGAGAGACAAUAGAAAGUACUAUCUGGAUUUGAAAGAAAACCAGAGAGGCAGGUUCCUUCGCAUCAGACAGACGGUCAGCAGAGGACACGGCACUAUGGGUUACUACGGCCAGGGCAUUGAACAGACCAUAGUGUUGCCAGCUCAAGGGCUAAUUGAGUUCAGAGACGCACUGUCGCAGCUGAUCGAAGACUAUGGCGACGAGAACCCAGAUGAUCGUGGAAGAGGCAUAAGGAACCAUGACGAACCCCCCGAGCUUCCAGAAGCAGCAUCUUUUCGCGUGGACAACAAACGUUUUUAUUUCGACGUCGGUUCCAACCGGUUCGGUGUAUUUUUAAAGAUAAGUGAGGUACGGCAGCCAUAUAGAAACACCAUCACCGUUCCCUUAAAAGCUUGGGCUAGAUUUGGAGAGAAUUUCCUCAGGUAUGAGGAGGAAAUGCGGCGCAUUUUCACCUGCCACAGGGAAAAGAGGACGGAGCCUCGCGAGGACAGUGAGGACCAAGAGGAUUGACAUUGGCAAUGCUAAGGGUUUUAGAGGUGUCAAGGUGGUCUUAAACAAUGAAGUAAAAUAUAAACCUGACUAUCAUAGAAUAAGAUGAUAAAUGAACCUCUAUACUGUACUGUAUGACGCUUGUCAACGAGCACUUUCACAUUGUUUCUCGUGCUUCUCCAAUUUCACUCAUUUUAUAUAGGAUAAUGGCGUCUGUUUUUCCAAUGGUUCAAGGUGAUGCACAAUGAAAUGGUAGGCUAUACAAAAUUCCAAUAGAUUGUGGUCCAAUUCUGAAGCAUUGUGAAAUAUUCUAUUGUCGUUGCAGUGUCCGUUUAAGAGUCGCGGUGAUUAGUGAGCCUAAAAGUGCGCAUGUGUGUGAGAGUGAGUGAAAAGGUGUUGCCUAUGUUAUGACUUCUGUAGUUUAUUACACGGGUAGAUUUGCUGAUGGGUGCUAAACAACGCAGUUCAACCAUCAGUUAUUUUAGUUGUAAUGUCCGUCUUCGUCCAGAGUGCAGAUUAAGCAAAACUAUAGCCUAGUGGACAAUUUGGAUUCGUUUAGCGUUUGGUCACCUCACAAAUUGCUUGAAAUAGUGUAGCCUACAUGAUAUAAGGUGAAUAUUACAAUGUCCUCCAAGUAACUAUCUAAUGCAUUACCACAAAAUAAACUUUGUCAAUAAUUAUUGUUGAUCAGGCACUGAAAGUUAUAAACCAGUUGCUGCACCAUCUUAUUCCACACCCAUAACACUGUUUGAGGAAGGAUGUUUCCAGAGGACCCUGCUGAGCACAGAUGAUGAUCAGGUAGAUUAUUUCGUAACAGCACUCUCUUUGGUCAUGCUCUCAGUGAUUCACAAUAGAAAAGCUUCAAGUGAACAUUCAGAAUGAUGCCUUGAAAAAUCCUUACUUGAAAAUCUAGCUAUUAGGAUCUAUAAGAGACUAGUUUGCAUUUAGAGAUGCAACUUUAAUAGUUUGGCUAUAAAAUAUGCCCUUAUCAGUCUUGUCACAAUCCAUCUGACAGUGGUUUCCUUUCAUGCAUGUAGUGUAAGUGUGACUGAUAAUCAAUUGAUGUUUGACGUAAAACCUCUACUCAAAUUGAUUUUCUUUAUAGUUCUCUAUACUAUAUUUUUGUAUCUUGAAUCAUGCCAACAAUUUUGUGGUGCUAUGAAAAGGAACACGCAUCAUGACAUAGAUCAUUCUGUUGUAAUUUAAGUGGGUGUUCCCAAUUCCUACAAUGUUAAAAAGUACAUAAGACAUGGAGGCUGAUGUUAAAGAAGAACCUCCCUGAGCCAUUCAGUAGUUUUUGCUUGUCACUGAUGUAUUUAAACAUGGCUGGUGAUAUUUUCAACUUCCUUAUCUUUUCCCAUAUUUUGGG